AUGGAUGACAAACAAACAUCCAGAGAUAAAGAUUUUUCUCCAGGAUGCAGUUCAGUUCAUCAGAAGAGAUCAGAACCAGAGUCCAGCCAUGUGUCUAUGAGGAGUGACGCAUCUAUGGAUCGUCCACUAACGUUCAGGUCAAUCCUGCCGUCCAGAUCAGCCGUAACAAAACCCGUCUGUAAGAAGAAUGACCAGCCUAUGAAUAAACUACAGGACUUUGAUGAAAGCAGGUAUCCUGGUGUCAGACAUGAAGUCCUCAACACAUUGAGAUCAAAUCUGAGAAAGAAGUUUGAGUGUUUGUAUGAGGGAAUAUCAAAGCAGGGAAACCCAACACUCCUGAAUGAGAUCUACACAGAGCUCUACAUCACAGAGAGUGAAAGUGGAGAGAUCAAUAAUGAGCAUGAGGUGAGACAGAUUGAGGCACAGUACAGGAGAGCAGAAACAGAGGACACACCGAUCAAAUGCAGUGACAUCUUUAGACCUUUACCUGGACAAGACAAACCCAUCAGAACUGUGCUGACAAAGGGAGUCGCUGGCAUUGGAAAAACCGUCUCUGUGCAGAAGUUCAUCCUGGACUGGGCUGAAGGGAAAAAUAAUCAGGAUGUCCAGAUCAUACUUCCACUUCCUUUCAGAGAACUCAACUUGAUGAAGGACAAAACACUCAGUCUUUCAGAUCUUCUUCAUGUCUAUUUCCCUGAAACAAAAGAAAUGGAAAUAUCCAGUGACAAAUAUAAAGUGUUGUUCAUCUUUGAUGGUCUGGAUGAGUGUCGUCUGUCUCUGAACUUCAAGAGAAAAUUGAAACUGUGUAAUAUAUCCGAAUCAGCCUCAGUGGACGUGCUGCUGAUGAACCUCAUUGUGGGGAAACUGCUUCCCUCUGCUCUCAUCUGGAUCACCUCCAGACCAGCAGCAGCUGAUCUCGUCCCCUCUGAGUGUGUCCAUCGAGUGACAGAGGUACGAGGCUUCAGUGAGCCACAGAAGGAGGAAUACUUCAGGAAGAGAAUCAGGGAUCAGAGUCUGGCCUACAGGAUCAUCUCACACCUGAUGUCAUCAAGGAGCCUCUUUAUUAUGUGUCACAUCCCAGUUUUCUGCUGGAUCUCAGCCACUGUUCUAGAGAAGAUGUUGAGUGAAGCAGAGAGUGGAGAGAUUCCCGAGACUCUCACUGAAAUGUACACACACUUCCUGAUCCUUCAGACCAACAUCAAACAUGAGAAGGACUAUGAAAAGAAAGUGACAGAUGAAGACGUGAUCCUCAAACUGGGGAAACUGGCUUAUCAGCAGCUUGUGAAAGGAAACCUGAUCUUCUAUGAGGAAGACCUGACAAAGUGUGGCAUUGAUGUGACAGAAGCAUCAGUGUACUCAGGAUUGUGCACUCAGAUCUUCAGAGAGGAGUUGGGCUUGUAUCAGGGGAAAGUCUUCUGCUUUGUUCAUCUGAGCAUUCAGGAACAUCUAGCAGCUCUAUAUGUGCACCUCUCCUUUAUAAACAAGAAAAUCAAUGUGUUUGACCAGAUUAUCAAACAGAGCUUGCGAUCGAACGUUAAGGACACGUUUAAACAGGUUUCAUUAUCUGAGCUGCAUCAGAGAGCUGUCAAUAAGGCUCUACAGAGUAAAAAUGGACAUCUGGAUCUUUUCCUGCAGUUUCUUCUGGGUCUGUCAGUAAAAUCUCAUCAGAUUCUCCUACAAGGACUAAUAAAACAGACAAGAAGCAUAUCUGACAGCAGUGAGAAAACAGUUGAGUUCAUCAAGAUGAAGAUCAGGACCAUUGACUCUCUAGAGAAAUCCAUCAAUCUGUUCCACUGUCUGAAUAAACUGGGUGAUCAUUCACUAGAGGAGGAAAUACAACAGUAUCUGACAUCUGGAAGAAUAAACAAAGUUAAACUCUCUUCAUCUCAGUGGUCAGCUAUAGUUUUUGUGUUGUUGACAUCAAAGAAGCUGGAUGAGUUUGAUCUCAGGGAGUUUGUUGGAGGAAACAUUGAAAGGGAAAAUCUAACGGUUUUUCUGAAGCUACUGCCCGUGAUGAAAGAAGCCAGAUCAGUUCAGUUGUAUGAUUGUGGCGUCACAGAUGAAGGUUGUGCUGCUCUGACUUCAGCUCUGAGAUCAAACCCCUCACACCUGAGAGUACUGAAUCUGUCUAAGAAUAAAAUAGGAAAGUCAGUGAAUCUGCUGUCUGAUGUACUACAGGAUCCUCACUGUAAACUGGAGAAACUGCAGUUGAGUGAUUGUGGUGUUACAGAUAAAGGUUGUGCUGCUCUGGCUUCAGCUCUGAGAUCAAACCCCUCACACCUGAGAGAACUGAAUCUGUCUUGUAAUAAAAUAGGAAAAUCAGUGAAGCUGCUGUCUGCUGUACUACAGGAUCCUCACUGUAAACUGGAGAUACUGCGGUUGAUGAAGUGUGGCGUCACAAAUAAACGUUGUGCUGCUCUGGCUUCAGCUCUGAGAUCAAACCCCUCACACCUGAGAGAACUGGAUCUGUCUGAGAAUAAAAUAGGAGAAUCAGGAAAGAAAUUGCUCUCUGUUCUGAAGGAUGAUCGUUAUUAUAAACUGGAGACAUUAUAUGUUGACUUUAAGUAUUCAGGCUACGGAUCACUUUCCUCAGCUGAUGGUAGAUAAGGAGCCACUACAGAGUUGAAGACACAGAGACACACAGCGAUCACACUGACAUGUGUGCUUGAAUUUUAUAGUAAUGCUCAUGAAAAUGAGUGCUGAAAAUAGCAACUUUUUUAUUGUUUCAAAUUUGUUAGAUAUUGUAAUGUGGAUGGUGUAAAACUCAAAAUACACUGCAAAUGAUUAAAGUAAAGUGAAAAAACAAGCCAUAGACACAUUUAUUGUGCAAUACAGAGCGUGUUGGGAAAAGUUUUUCAAGAUUUAGUCUGACUACAGAAGAGACAGAUGCUGUAAAUUUGUCUACCAGCAGGAGGUUACGCAAAUAAUUUCACUGAACAUUUAUUUCUGUAAAAUAUUUUGUAUUGUUUAUUUUUGUAUAUGACGAUCUAUUAAAGUUUCCAUCUAAAUCUUCACAUUCUUUUACUUUUUUCUUGUUUUUUUCCUCUGCCUCUGAACAGUU